UGAAGGGACACAUAAUGCAUGUGUCCUGUGGAAGUAUAGGUGUCUUGUAGCAGUAUAGGCUGCUUUGAAUUUCUAUCUGCGAUAGCUGCGUAACAGAGGUCGAGGUGUUAUCCCCCCAAAGUGGACAACCCAAUGAGUUCGAGCUGCCUCACCGCGGCUGACCGCGAAUUUUCUCAGUCAAGUCCAUUCUUCAACCUCGCCCUGGAACCGCCACCAUGAGGCCGCCAAAUCAAUUGCCCGUGCGGCUACUGCCGCGGGCCAUCAGAGCGACACCCGCUGCGCGCCCAUUUCAUUGUACCGUCGCAAAGGCCGCCAAUGUCGCACCGAUCGUCGGAACCGGUCCGCCGCCGGAGCCCCCAACCCCCGCGGUUCGAAACGUCAACGAGCGAGUCGAGCGUCGCAAGAAGCAGGCCGAGAUGCUCAAAGCCGCCAAGAUCAUCCGGACUGCCAAGGACGGGAAGCAGACGACGCUGCGCAAGAGAUUCUGGAAGGACGUCAGCGUCCAGGAGGUGGAUGGGUCGCUGCAGAUUUUCCUGGACUCGCGGCCGUUGCGGCAUCCUCAAACCAAAGAGAUUAUCCGAUUGCCCGUCUCGAAACCGAACCUCGCCGCCGCCAUCGCGCUCGAGUGGGACGUCUUGACCUCGGCUCAACAGGCGACGAAACAGCACUUGAUACCCCUUACGAGUCUCGUCUGUCGAGCGGUCGACAUCGCCGAGGAUGAUGCCUCUAACCCAUCAGGCACCGCCAAGAUCCGGAAAGACAUUGCCACUACGGUGAUGAGAUACCUUGACACCGACUCCCUCCUGUGCUGGGCUCCGCCAGCCGGCGACUUUGACCUCCGCAACGACGCAGGCGAAUCGUUGCGAGAUGUGCAGAAGCAGACCGCGGAAGAGACAGUUUCCUUCCUGACGACGCACGUCUGGCCUGGCGUUACGAUCGAGCCUGUUCUGGACGGACAUGCGAUCCUCCCGCGGAAGCAGCCCGAGGGCGUGCGCGAGGUCGUGCAGGGCUGGGUCGAGGGCCUCAACUCCUGGGAGAUUGCCGGGUUAGAGCGGGCAACGCUGGCGGGCAAGAGCCUUGUUGCCGCAGCGCGAUUCAUCUCCGCAUGGAGCGAAGGCCCUGUCGGCAAGCGCGAGCUCAACGUGGACUACAAGUUUGGUAUCGAGGAGGCCGCCAAGGCCGUUAGUCUUGAGGUGGACUGGCAGGCAACGCAGUGGGGUGAGGUGGAAGACACCCACGAUGUCAACAAGGAGGACGUUCGAAGGCAGCUCGGUAGUGUUGUUCUGCUGGUGUCGGGCACGGGCAACCCUGCAUAGACCAGCUGGGUACGGGGGCGCGUUGUUAUGUACGACAAGGAGCCAAAUCUAUAGACGAGCGCCGUUAUGUAUUGUAGGCUUAGGGACAUAUUUUGGGCAUAGUCCAUUAGAGAUACAUUGGGUGCGAGAGCUAUUUUCCAACUUGAGCCCUCAGAAGAAGGCUGCGGUGCCCAUGUUGUCAAAGGUUGACUUUUCCCAUUGGAA